AGUACUCCAGACAAUGCUCAGCCCCAAAAUGAAACAAGGGAAAGAAAGCCGCUGCACAUGACAACCGGUAGCUUUCUCAGAAAAAUAGACUCAAGUCGAGAUAGGGCCAGAUAUAAGGUGCUUACCAAGGCCACUGAGGUUGGUGAUCUGGAUAAUAGGUAUAGCGUGCCUAGACGUGCCUUUACAAGAACAAGUAGCUCUAAGUCUUUGCAUCGUCACUCUCUUAGUAUACCUACGUAUUCUGGUGACACUGCUACGACAUGCGAGGGGGAAGACGUGGAUAUUAAUGAUGACAAGUCACUUGCCUCACGGACUCAGAUCGCUUCGAUUGUCGAUGAGGUUAAUCCCAAUUUAGUUGGCUCCAUUGUUGAUCGUCGUCUGGACACUUUCUGCCUUGGCUCUCAAGGCUGUAUCCCUGAGACGAGAAAAGAAAUUAAUGAUACAGCUAUCCCUUAUUCUUCUCAGUUUUUGACACGAUCGAGCGAAUUUACCCAGAGAUCUCCUUGUUCUCCUGCGUCUCACUUUAUGCCUGGACUUUGGCGUGCGCAACGAAACCUACAAGUGCCAAGUCGUGAUAUUGCGAGUGGGCGUCAAACUCAUUCGUUGAAUUCGGAACAAGAGCUUGGCAAUGAGGUAUCAUCACAUGACUUUGGCACAGUCAGCCACCGACUGUAUCCACUUAGACAACCAAUCGGAUACACUCACUCAUCCACAGUCAACUUGGAGAGGCCAAAUCACUUGCAUAAUAAUGAAUGUGUGAUCAAUAAACAACAUCGUCAUCCACAGCAGCGACAGCAAGAGCAUUCAAAUCUAACCUUCUUGUCUAAAAUGUCUUUAGAACAACAGACAGAAUUAGGAAAUCAUACAGAUUACGAUGAUGAAAAUGGAGUCAGCGUCUCUGAUCAAGUGUCACCUGACCUUGACGACCUUGAAGUAAGGUAUUCGCAUCUGAGAAAUGGGAGGCAAUCAGUUGGCCCUUCCAUUAGUUGUUCCUCCGAUGUCUCUCCUACACCUGUUGUCAAUACUGUUGCGGUAACGAUGGGUAUGGGAUUGGCGCAAGAUGAUGUUGCCGCUGUACCGCCUCGAUUUUUGCCCUCAGAGCCUGAGGAGUUCUAUACGAUAAGCGAUUCGGACAACCUCGAGAUAAACUGGCCUCAGGAAAGCUUGGCUGGUGUAAAUUGA